AUGCCUCGAAUCUUCUUUGUCACCGGCUGUUCCACCGGCUUUGGCCGAGAGCUUACUCAAGUCCUCCUCGAUGCAGGCGAGAACGUCGUCGCAACAGCCCGAAGGCUAGAGACACUCUGGAGCGAGCGAAAGCAACCUUUGCCUCUGAAGGUCGAUGUAACCAGCAAUAGUGACGUCGAUGCGGCUCUGAAGGCAACUGUUUCUAAGUUCGGCCGGAUUGAUGUCCUCAUCGCCAACGCCGGAUACUGCGCAGCUGGUCCAUUCGAGACACUGUCGGAGUCGCAGAUCAGGGCUCAGUUCGACACCAAUCUGUUCGGGGCCAUGGAAAUAACCCGGCGCACACUCGAGAUCAUGCGAACGCAAUCACCACCUGGUGGCCUCAUCAUGAUGAACUCGUCCAUCUCCGGCCAGCUCAGCUUCCCGCUCGUCAGUAUCUACUCUGCUUCGAAGUUUGCUCUUGCGGGCUUCACGGAGUGCGUCGCGCAGGAGGUGAAGUCGGAGUGGAAUAUCAAGUUCUGUGUUGUCGAGCCUGGGCCCCUCCGUACGCCUGGCGUUGGCUCGAAACUUGUCGUCGGGGAGCUGGAGAGUAAGGAUUAUAAUCAUUUGGAUGCGAGAGCCUUUUUCAAUGAUAUGGAUGGGAAGCAGCCGGGAGAUCCGACGAAAGGUGCAAGGGCUAUGUACAAGCUGGCUUGCAUGCCUGACCCGCCUGCUCGUGCCAUUCUCGGGAAGAUGGCGUACGAAGCGAUACAGGCGAAGGUUGCGGCUGAUAAAGAAUUGUACAACAGAUCGGAUAUCGUUGAGAUCGUGACGGAUUGCGACUUCGAUUGA